AUGGGCUCAAGUCCUGCCCAUGUCGCCAUCCAAUUCCGCCCCAAACCCUCGCUCCACGCAACUGAGACAAAGCCCGCGCCCCAAGCACCGCUCGACCGCUCAGCUUGCGGCCCACUUCAAGUCUUGCUCGCCACAUAUCCAACUCGCUGCCCAAGCAACGCUCCGCUCGACCGCAAACCCUCGCUCCGCGCAACUGAGACAAAGCCCGCGCCCCAAGCACCGCUCGACCGCUCAGCUUGCGGCCCACUUCAAGUCUUGCUCGCCACAUAUCCAACUCGCGGCCCAACAUAUCCAACUCGCGGCCCAAGCAACGCUCCGCUCAACCGCUCAGCAUGCAGCCCAUCCAACCCGACUCGCAUAUUGUUUCACAGUCCGUCCACGCCACCAACUUCGUGCCUCGCAUCACUUCCCGCUCGCUAG